AUGGCGUGGCAGAGAGUUCAGAAGAGAUUGUUCCGUAAUGUUUCUUCUAGGUGGGAUUCUUUUCCGUAUGGUGGUAUGCAGGUAGAGGAUGGCUGUGUAGGUGAGACGGUGGAGGUGGUGAUACCUCCUAAGCGCAAUAAAUUCGGUAAACGCUUCGGCUUUGCGAGAUUUAAAGGCAUAAUCGAUGAGAAACUUCUUACUAUAAAACUUGAUAACAUCAUUAUUGAUGGGAACAAGAUCCAUGUGAAUCAACCCAGAUUCGAUAGAGGCAGCAGGGAUGGAAGGAGCAGAAAUUUUGGUAAGGAGAAUCAUUCUGGGGGCGGUCGUAAGGAGGAGAUUAAGGGGAGUUUUAACAGAAGAGUGGGGAAAUCUGUGUCUUUUGCUGACAUCGUUCAAGGAAACAACAAAAGAAAGGAGGACAAGGUUGACACACCAAUGCUCUGUUUCAAGUCUUCAACAGAUAGCUUGGAUAGAUGGAAGAAAGCUUAUAUUGGUGAGGUGUUAUAUUCAGGAGAAUCAUACAACAUUCAAACGCAUAUGGAUAUGGAAGGUUUUUUCUCCAUAAAAGUUCAUCCAAUGGGCGCGAACCUUUGUUUGUUGGAGGAGAUGGAAGAAGGAAUAAUCAAGGAACCUAUGGAUGAAGGAAAAUGGUGGUGGAAGCAAUGGUUCAAGAACAUUAGACCAUGGCAAACAAACGACGUUGAUUCGGAGAGGGUUAUGUGGGUGAGGUUGUAUGGAGUGCCAUAUCAAGCUUGGUGCAGUGAGUUCUUUGAGAAAAUUGCAAAUUUUUUGGGCGAUUACAUUUGUGUUGAUGAUAACACUAGUGCUGCUUCUAAUUUGGACAUUGCGAGAAUAAUGGUUAGGGUUCCUUUUAACUUUGUUUUAAAGGAACAGAUGGUUGUUUCAUUCGAUGGAGAAAACUUCUCUUUGGUGCUCCGUGAAGACACUUAUGGACCAGUUAGGAUUCUGGAUAAGAAAAUAGAAGUCUCUAACGGCGAUUCAAACUCUUCUUCCGAAUAUGAUUUGUAA